AUGGAAUCAAUGAUCCUCCAAGAAGGAAGCGUUGAGCCUUACUCUCCUGGAAUCAUCGAUCUUGAAGAGUUCCUCGACAUUGAGCGCCUCUGUGCGGGAACUUCAACGCCCUCACAGUCAGCCCAACCUCUUACACCUUUAAACGAGAUCCCUAUCCCUGCUGUCACUAGCGAACAGCGAUGUUCCGAAAAGAAGAUACCAGACGAUACACAAGGCGGCUAUAAGACGAAUCGAUCAUUUAAUCAGCCAAGGCGUAAAGGAAUUCGUUCAACUGUCUCAGUCCCUGAAUACUCCGUCAUAUGUUUCCCCUCUAACCCCACUAAGCCCGAUGGUAUCAAGAAGAAGAGAAAGGACUUUGAUGAAAAAAGGAGGCUUGAAGUUGCACGAGUCCGGAAAACUGGUGCCUGCUUCAGAUGCAAAGUUCGAAGAAUAUCUUGUGGCAUAGGAGCUCCAUGUCAAGCAUGUGAAAAAGCGGCUGGUAUUCUUGGAACUCAGUUAUGUAUCCGUGAAAAGUUGACGAAAAUGAGAUUCAGCUCAGGAGAUCUUCAUUAUAUCGAUUAUACUGCGAGGUUGCUAAACCAGGAGCUUAUUACAGGCACAACUCAUCUUGGACCACAUCGAAAAGUCACAUUGUCCAUGGACUACCUCGACAACCCAGUUAUAGAAGUUGAAGUACAGGAUUAUUAUGGAAACACAACACCACCAUGGUUCUGUUGCUGGGUCGUGAUGGAUCAAGUUGGGGAGCAAGUCGAAUCAUACCGCCAAGAAAGCGCCCGCUAUGCCUUGCCACAGCUUCUUCUACCCAGUCAACUGAUUGACUGGGUCGAAAGAAUGAUCACUCAUCAGGAUACCCGCUGUAUAGGCUUCCAGCAAACCGUGGAUUCAUUCAUUUUGAGAUACAGUCAAUCGGAAGCAUCGCUGCCUAUGAUCUCAAAAGCGGCCUCCCAACCAAUAGAGAAAGAAGUUCUUCUUGAGCUCGAGAAAAUUGUCUUUGGCACUGCGGGUAUCGGGCCUGACAACUCAAUGGCUCUCUGGGCCAGCCUGUGGUGUCUUAUCCUGAUGUAUCGGAAACUCGUACACACGUAUAUGGCCUUCCAAGAAUUUCCUUGUCACGUACCUGAAGAUUACAGCGGGUUUCCAGAGUGCAAGCUCGAAGUCGGGACGCAUUUUUAUCACUAUCUCGUGUCUAUCUAUGCAGCCCUGUUCCGCGUAACUAGUCCGCUCUAUGCCGACUUCCGGGUAGCUGCAACACGCAAGCUUCUCAACGAUGACGAGUCUCUUAUCAAAGCCUUCAUGAGCUUACGCACUGAAAGCUUCUAUUUUCGUUAG